GCGGAGCGGAGUAGGAAUUGGAGGCUCCGACAUGAAUUGAUCUGGGGAAUCGGGGGAAAACAAUCUUGCCCAUGCGCAUGAGGCCGCCCUAACGGCCACGGGCUUCGAAGAGCCAUGUACUGGCCCCUUGGCACCCCACGCAUCUAUGCGACAAGUGUUGGCCGCCCGUCCGCCUCGCGCCAUGGCGUCUCUCGCGAUGGCAUCGCCUUUCGACGACAUGCUGCAGCCUUAGCGCCGCUGGCGAACCGCGACGCAUUGGGCCAUUUGCCCAUACCCAUGCCCUCCACACCCCUGACACCCGUCACCCCUCUGACGCCCGACGUCAAGUCGGUCGAGUUUGACGAGCAGGAAGACCAAGAGAGUGAACGGGACGACAAGGGGCCAACCCCGUCGAGCCUUGGGCUCCGCGAGCCCAUUCUAGCCCUCCGCGUCGCGCGCUCUGGUCACAUAUUUGCCGUCAUUACCUCGACAUCCAUGGUAAUCUGGCAGACCAAGCCUACCGUCAUUCUGGCAGUCGUAGUGCGCUCUGAUGACUCGCUCCAGUCCUACGGCACCAACAUCGACCUGCUACUACGCCCCGACUCGGCCAUAUUUGUCGUGCACACGAGCUUGGGAUACCUGAUUACAUACUCCCUCGCCACCGAUGCCGACUCAAAGGUCUACAAACCGCACUUUGCUAGCCACACCAACAUACAGAGGAGACGGCAAAGUCAUGCGGGCGAUCCGGGCCACGUUGCCCCCGAGCAGAUACUCUGGGGCCCGGGCGAGGGCCCGGGCGUUCGGGAUGUCAGUGUACGUUUCCGCAUGGUGAUUAAGGUCGACGCCGGGAUCGAAAGUGUGCUGGCCCUUGACGACGAGCUAGUGGUGGCAACUCGGAAGCCCGCCGCGGUCCAGUGCAUCCGCUGGGCCCCCGACAGCUCGGGGAGCCAGACAAGUACCGAGCUGUUGAGCCGCAUGAGCUGGCUGGGCAAAAAGAUCACCGUCAAGCAGAUGACGCACGACAGGCCCAUGAACUUGUCCACGUGGAUCACGAGCGACGGGAGGGCGUAUGCCGUUCAGCGAACGCCGGUGAGCCGGCCGGACGGCGAUUCUGGCGAGCCCUCUGACCCAAAGAGGCUGUUCAAGGGUUAUUGCUUUCACGUCCCGCAGACCGAAUUCGAACAUGCAACCCAGUGUGUCAUCAACGCACGGUUUUCGCUUAUUGCUGUGGGCUGUGCCGAUGGCAUUGUCCGCGUCUACUCAGCCAAAGAUUAUUCGGGAAACAUCCCGCCGUCCCAUGUUCACAGCCUUUCGACGUCUACCGGCGCGUCCGGAGACCUCACGACACUGAGUUACUCCCCCGACGGCUACUGUCUCUUUGCUGGCUUCGAAAAAGGCUGGGCAAUAUGGAGCGUCUAUGGCAAGGCGCUAAGCAAUAGCUUCGGCGCAGACCAGUCAAUCGCAUCCGCCAAUGGAGAGGAGUGGCUGUCCGGUGUGAUGGAUGCUGCCUGGGUUGGAGGUGCCUGUGAAGUGCUGCUGGUUAGCAGAGCCCACGAGGCCAUCUGGCUGCUCGAAAUGGCGCGAAGCGCAGUAACGGGGUGUUACAGCUCCGCAAACCUCUUCCGCACAGUGCUGCAGAGCACAUCUAGUGUCAUGAUAUACAGGGGGUACGACCUCCCCGACUUGACGUCCAUCUCGGCCGAACCCUCGCUCUGGCACACUGCUAGGAUCCCGGCCAUUUACUUAUCCAAUCAGUGGCCCAUCAAGUGCACGACCAUCUCCGCCGACGGCCGAUAUGUCGCCGUGGCCGGGCGCAGGGGACUAGCCCAUUACAGUAUCAACAGCGGCCGCUGGAAGACGUUUGCCAACGAGGCCGUGGAGAAUGAUUUUCAAGUCAGAGGCGGAAUGUGCUGGUACCAAAACAUUCUAGUGGCUGCCGUCGAGGCCAACAAGUCGUUUGAACUCCGGCUGUAUUCCCGCGAGGCCGCACUCGACAGCACUACAGUCGUCCACACGCAGCAGAUGUCAGCUCCCGUAGUACUAGUCACGCCGUCGGGCGAGGACUCGCUGCUGGUUUAUACCUACGACAACCUUUUGCACCACUUUGUGUUCGCCCCCGCCGCAGGCUCAAUCAAGCUCAUCCAGGUGGGUCACAUAGCCUUUCACGGAAUCGUAAGGUCACCAGCCAGAGUGAGAGGUCUGAGUUGGAUUUUACCAGAGAGCCAGUUGCUAGAAGGAGACCCGUCGCAGGACGUUGCUCACGCUUCCGUCCUGUUUCUCGUGGAUGGCAAACUGGUGCUCCUCCGGCCCUCUGUCAGCGAGGGCCAUUUGAAAUACGACAUGCGUGUCAUAGUACACAACGUUGAGUACUAUGUGAGCAUGAGAGAUCAGCCGUUCCCGGCUUAUUCUUCUUCGGAGGCACGCAGCCUCGAGGCCAGCGGGCCGGCAGAGGAAACACUGAGAAACUCUCUCUGGAUUUUUGACGGCAGUGAGCUAAAGGCGUGGGCGGAUUUAGAGCCUGUCUUGAAGGCAAUAUCUGGGGAAGUGGCAAGAGAGCUGCCGCCCAUGAUUUCCGUCCCGGUCGACUUUUAUCCGCUCUCGGCCCUUCUAGGCAAAGCCAUCGUGCUCGGCGUCGAGUCAGACCUCGUUCAGCGCCGCGAUGUUAACUUUUCCUUUUUCCGCUUUUCCAUUAGGACACACCUUUUCUUGCCUGACAUAUUACGCUCGUAUUUGGUGGCCAAUAAGCCUGUCGAAGCACUGCGUCUCGCCCAGAGAUACGAGAAUCUUGAGUAUUUUGCACACGGUCUGGAGGUGUUACUGCACCAUGUGCUGGAUGAAGAAGUGGAUGCGAAUCCCCCCCCAGCCCCGGAGCACGCCAUUCUCCCUCGCGUCCUUUCCCUCCUCUCCUCCUUCCGUCAGUAUCUGGACAUUGUAGUGCAGUGCACUCGCAAGACAGAGGUGCGUUCUUGGCGCACGCUCUUUGCCUAUCUACCCCCGCCUCAAGAGCUGUUUGAAGAGAGCCUCCAGCGCGGCAGCCUCAAGACGGCGGGCGGAUACCUCCUAAUUCUUCAUACCUUUGACGAGCUGGCGACGGCAAGCGAGCAAAGCGUGCGCUUGCUAACGCGGGCGAUGCGCGAGGAGGACUGGGAACUCUGCAAGGAACUCGCGCGCUUUCUCGCGGCACUGGAUGAGACAGGGGACACACUACGUGAAGCGAUGGACAUGGUAAAAAUACGGUCGAAACUUGGGCGGCAGGGCGACGACGGGGGUGGAGUCUAUGGGAUCGCCGCAAGGCUCGAGAUCCCGCCCAGGAGCAUCAACGGCUCGCCGUCUGACAGCGGCACGCUGGGGCCAACAGGAAGAAGAAAUGGAAGCAGCGACUCGGAGGCUGAUGGACAAUCACUUAGCGAUGGAGGAAGUGUUACCAGCGGCAGUUGAUCCGAGAGCAGAGACGACUAAAAUGCCGUGGAAAGACGUCGAGGAAAAUGCUGGAACAAAACUAGACGGCGACGAAACAGGACCGCAAGGGGUUUCUUGGAUAACAUGGCCUGUGUGGAGAUUCAAGUACGUGUAUCGAGACGUAUAAUAAACGGCAAAGGGGAAAUUAGGUGCCUAGUCAUGAAGGCAGCAUCUCAGGUCGGUUGUUUCUUUCACUAGGUGUAUUCGAGCGAGGAGUUAGCUACUGUGACGAAGCUUUUCAUUCCGGGCGGACUUGACCUCGUCGAGACGUGCUGCGUACUAUACUAUUAGCACUUACUUACCUAAGGUACUUUAGUAUUAAGGAACACUCUGCGAUG